CCCGGGACCCGGGGAGACGAGACUGCGGCUGACGUCACGGCCCCACCCUCUAUUUAUGGGAGGAAAAGUGAAGAUUAAAUUCCCAAGCCAGUCCGCUGCGCACACACCUGUCUCGCCCAUUGGCCGUCAUCUCAAAGCCCUGUGCAGAGCAAGCGCUCAGCAAUGAGGAAAGAAGGGACGAAGGCAGGAAACAGGAGGGAACCCCCCUGGUCGCAGGACACAGACCAGGAGCUGCCUUCGGGUCGGAGGCCUGAGCUGACCUGGUUUUCUCCUGGAGCGGGCUGCGGGUCGGGGGGCACUUCUAGGACCUGUCUCCUCACCAGGAUGAACUGCCUGGUUUCUUGGCAGCUGCUGCUUUUCCUCUGUGCCACCUCCUUGGGGGAUCCACUGGAAAAGGGGGCACCUGUGGAGAAUCCUAGAGCCACAGGCCAGCAGCUCCGGCCCCAGGACCUCCUGGCCGCCUGGGCGCAGAGCCCGCGCUGCGCGGAGACGAGGCCCGCGGCCGCCGCGCUGAGCCCUCGCGGGGCGCCGCUGUGCGCGCCCCCUGACGGCGCCGCGGGGCCCCAGCGGCCGGGCCCGUGCGCCCCGCGCAGCCGCCUGAUCCCCGCCCCGCGCGGCGCGGUGCUGGUGCAGCGCGAGAAGGACCUGUCCGCCUACAACUGGAACUCCUUCGGCCUGCGCUACGGCAAGCGGCAGGCCGCGCCCGGGAGGGAAGAGUUUUCCGCUCAACCACUGAUGCCGGAAUGA